UCUGGGCUCUUCGGCGAUCGUUUUUCAGGGUAUAAAUGAUCCCCUUGUCCUGGAGACAUAUGUGUGCCGAGAAGCAUUAGCUUUGGCGGAUGACCUUGCAGUGCAAUCUAUUUGCGUCGCCUCGGACUGCCAGGGAGUUGUGACACAUAUCGCGAGGGGGGCUGGAGGCCCAAAUGCUGCCAUAGUACAUGAAAUCAAGGAACAUUGUAAUAGUUUUAUCUCUUGUUUUUUCGUUCAUGAGCGCUGGAAUCAUAAUUUUGAGGCUCAUAAUCUCGCCAAGUUCACUUGUAACUUAAGUGUAGGUAGACAUGUGUGGUUGGACAUACCUCAUGACCCAAACCUUGUACCUAUAUAGGGCAAUAUUCAUAUAUCCGUUGCUCAAAAUUAAUAAAGUUGGCGAGCUCUAAAAAAAACUUAAUUCGACAUGGCUAAAAAAAAAACUUAAUUGGACAGAGUUGCCUAAAAAAACUUAAUUCGACAGAGUUGUCUUAAGAAAACUUAAUUCGUCAGAGGAGGAAAGAAACGUGGAAUGAGCCCAUGCGUCUACGUGCCAAUUGAUCUUCUUCAAAGCUAAAAUUAGGCUAGCACAAGUUUGCACCGUCAGUUGAUCCCUCCCUCGCAGGUGCCGGGGCAAGAGGCCGCAACGCGCGGCGGCACCGGCCAAUCCGACGUGCGGCCGCCCUGCUUCCUCUCCCGUCCAGCUCCUCCCUUUCCAAAUCCCCAUUCCCCCGCGUCUCCUCUCCACCUCUCCCUCCUCCCAUCCCCUUCAAAGAGAGAGGAAGGCAUGGAGGGAUCCACCCUAGCCGCAGACCGACAAACCGCAAGAAACCAGCAACCAGACUGAAGACCCACAUGGCCCGGAUCGGCGUCGCGGUGCUCGCGCUCCUGGUGGCCGCCGCGGCGGUGGCCUGCCUGCCGGCCCCGGCCUCCGCGGGCGAGCAGGACUCCAUGCUGCUGACGCGCUCGGCGACCUGCGACGGGGCCGUCGGGGAGUGCGGCGUGGACGAGGACGAGGAGAUGGGGACGGGCGCCUACGGCACCGGCGAGGCCCUGCGCCGGUCGCUGGCGCGGAAGCCGACGGCCAGGUACAUCAGCUACGCCGCUCUGCGCGCCGACCAGGUCCCCUGCAACAAGCGCGACAAGUCCUACUACACCAACUGUGGCUCGAUGCAGCAGGCCAACCCCUACACGCGCGGCUGCUCCGCCAUCACGCGCUGCGCGCGCAACAUGAACUGAUUUCGUCGUCCGGAUGCCUCGUCGAUCUCGCGCACGGACGGCAAUCAUCGAUACGUGCGUACGGAACGGGGAGGAGAUGUGACCGUGUGAGCGCCUAAUUAAGCACUGUAUGCGUUUUGUGCUGCUUCAACAUUGAUCCAACAAAAUUAACGACUGUUAUUGUUUUCGUGAGUAGCUUCUAUCUAUGUACCCACCGUGUUCCUUCUAUUGCCACGCCAAUUUAUUCCUUUUGAAAAAAUGUUUGUAUAUUUGAAGAAGAACAGAGUUUUUUUUUUCGCCUCUAUUUUCAUAUGCUUGUAAUUUUCAUAAACGGGGUUGUCAUGUUGAAGAACGAGUUAGAAUUUGUGGAUGUAUUCUAUUUACUCGAUUUAAUUAUUAAAAUUCAGUACACGGCGACA